AUGUGGAAGCAAAAUGAUCCAGGGGCUAAUCGUAGGGCUCAUGCAUGCAUGUGGAACGCCUCUGAGGCCAGGUCUGCGGGGGGAGGGAGGGGUGGGGAGAGAGAGAGAGAGAGAGAGAGAGAGAGAGGAGGGGGAGGAAGCAUGUUGGCUCAACUACAUUAAUCUAGGUAUUAGAGGGAAAAAGUGUAA